AUGCCUUUACUACAACAUAUAAAAGAACGUUACAAUUUAACAAAGCGAAGCGCGCUAGUGGUGGGCAUUAGCCUUUCUAUUCUUUUGGUCUUUGCCUAUCUGUCCGUAGUAAUGUCCAACAUAGCAUCGUACUGGUCAAUUAGCAACAAAACAACCGAUCCACUGCCUGAUAUAUUCUUUGAAUACUUUCCAGCAUAUAAUCUUCACACAUACGUUGAUAACUUCCUAACCGGUUACAUCACCAUUUGCAUUCUGGUCGUUCUCCGGAGAAAAGAUGCUCUGUUGAUCUAUUUCAAGACAUUUACCUGCACAUUCAUAUCGUAUGGCAUACGAUUAACACUGCUGGCUGCAACAAAUCUGCCCGAUCCGAACAUGAACUGUUUUAAAGUGGCGACCAACAUUUUAACAGAAUCGCGGUUUGGGCGCUGCGGUGACCUGCUGUUCAGUGGUCAUACCAUUUCCUUUACCACGGUCUUUCUGGUGUGGUACGAUUAUCCAUUUUUUAACAGCCGAGCUCUUUACAAAAUAUCGGUAGCAACCAUCUUUGGUCUGUACGUGCUUGGUCUUGCAGGAAUACUAUUGUCUCGUUAUCAUUAUACAGUGGAUAUUCUGCUGUCUAUCUACGUUACCUUUUUUGUGUGGCGGCUUUUUGAUUAUUACUGGGCCAAAGAUUUGCAAUUUGAUGCUCAUUUCGCCGAUCUGAACAUAAAUGAGCAAAUUUAACGGUGAUGAAGCAAAAAAGUGAGAAAUGCGGCAAGAUACUAUCAGAACCACGCACAGUACGACCACUGAUCUUAGUAACUGUUGUAAAACGUUCCGUUGUUUUUUAGCAUUAUAUUAGGAUAUUUGUGGUAGUUAACGCGCUCUAAUAACAUGCAUCACUUACACAGCACGAUACCUUCCUUCUUUGUUUGAAAAACUAGGUUUAAAACGUAUUUUUUGCCCGUAUACGUAAAUACCUACCGAUGAUAACAUAUGAACGAGAAAAACUCUUCAUCGAUUGUAAGUGCCAGAUUCCAUUUUUUCUUUAAUUUACCAAUAAACUAAUGUAGAACCACC